AUGACCAGUCUGAGUUUCAUGAUCAACAUCCCCUCACCGGGGGAGAAAGGAUACAAGCAACGGGCUCCUAUCAACAGCAUGUUGACCCAUCGAACCAUUGCUUCGAAUGCUGCUGCAGUAGGCGCAAACGAAGAAUACAUCUUUCCUUCGGCUUCGGAUUUGGCAUCAGUGCGAAGCGAUGAUAUUGCCAUGACUGCCCCACAUGCCGUUCCUCCACCUCUGAGCAGCAGCAAGGAGGACAUGAGCUUAUCAGCACGGCGGUUACGAUCUCUCAGGAGACAACGCCUCGCUCGUGACAAUCGAGGAGAAUCCAAAGAAGAGGUGACAUAUGAUUAUGCGUUUCCAGCUGGAUCGUACAUUCUUUCGAUGGGAUCUGAAGGCUAUGAUAAUCGAGGAGGAUUGGACGAUGAUAACAACAAUGCUUCGACUAUGCGCUAUCAUGAUGAUUCAGGCAGCCAUGCUACCAUGGAAUAUAGCAUGAUGUCAGGUAAUAUGCUGCACAGCAAAGGCCAAAUCCGAGAGCGUCAGUAUGAGGAGAGCAAAUCAAAUGCAGAAGAUGACUCUGUACAGGUCUACUACAGUCGACUUGAGGCCGCCAUUCAGAACUUUUCAACAUCCAUCAUGGAAAGCAUGUCAGAUGGAUGGUGUGGGCGUGCCAAUGGCUGUGAUGAAGAUUCAUCUAUUAUCGUGGAUGAGACUAGCAGCAACAGGAACCAUCCUUCAAACCAAGAACAACGACGACAACAACAACAUCCUAACGAUGCAAAUACCAUUGAGCAACCUUUGGAUCCAUUUGACAUUAUCCAAGACCCACAGGUUGCGGCUAUAUUGAAAAAGACUCGCAACAGACACGAUGCAUAUGGUUAUGUCCAUGCUAGUAGACCCCGCGACAGUCGCGGCGAUGCCGGUAGCUACACUAGCACUGACACACACCUGAGAGCCUUGGAAAUUGUCGCAAGAAACAAGACGAAUAAUCAGAAUCGAAACAGCAAACCUCGAUCCACCGCAGCAGCCGUCUGA